AUUCCCUGGAGCUAACGCAAUCCGACUGAAUCCGUCUGCAUUGCAGUCGAAGGCAAAACUGCACGAACAGGACCCAUGAACAAAUAAACCUGCCCAGAAAUCAGCAUAGCAUUCCUAGGCUAAAAUGCUCUUUUGCGGUCAUUGUACUGGAUGUGACACGUAGCAAACUGUUUGCGUGGACCGCAGUUUUUCGGAACCGGUAAAGCGCUAGAAAGUCCCGCUGUACUUUGUUGUGAAUCUGAACCUGUGCGGUUUGGGAGAGCAGGGAAAUGACGGAAGGCGUUGAAGACGUGACAACAGGGAAGAAGGAGGUACAGGAUGAUACCCCACAGCAGAGCUGGAUGAAACGUAUAUUUGGGUUUGAGCUCAAAGACCUGGCUUCAUGGCACCGGCUGGUGUGUCUUCUGAACCGUCCCACAGACCCUGCCUCCCUGGGGAUCUUUCGCUUCUUGUUUGGCAUGCUGAUGGCUGUAGACAUCACCCAGGAGAGAGGGCUAAGUCAUCUGGACUACAAGUAUCUUGAUGGUGCACCUAUAUGCCGUUUUCCCCUCUUCAACUUCCUUGAGCCGUUGCCAAUGGAUUGGAUGUAUCUGGUUUAUGUAGUAAUGCUCUUAGGUGCUCUGGGCAUCAUGCUUGGCUGUUUUUACCGCUUCUCUUGCUUGAUGUUCAUCUCCACCUAUUGGUACAUCUUUUUCUUGGACAAGACUGUCUGGAACAACCAUUCCUACCUUUAUGGGCUUAUCGGUUUCCAGCUCACAUUAAUGGACGCAAACAGAUACUGGUCAAUAGAUGGACUGUGGAAUCCUAAAAAGAAGAAUGCCCAUGUGCCACUCUGGAACUACACAGUCCUCAGAACCCAGAUUUUUAUUGUAUACUUUAUUGCUGGGAUCAAGAAGCUGGAUGCUGAUUGGGUGGAAGGAUACUCCAUGCAAUACCUGGCCCACCACUGGCUGUUUGACCCUUUUAAACUAAUUCUGCCAGUGGAGAUGGUCAGUCUGCUGAUUGUUCAUGGUGGGGGUCUUGUACUGGACCUGUCUGCUGGAUAUCUGCUCUUUUUUGAUGCCACACGACCCAUUGCCAUCGUUUUUGUCUCCUACUUCCACUGCAUGAAUUCCCAGCUUUUCAGCAUUGGAAUGUUUGCCUACACCAUGCUGGCUACCAGUCCCCUUUUCUGCUACCCUGACUGGCCAAGGCGCUUCUUUGGCCACUUCCCAGCCUGCCUCGGGGCCAUCCUGCCACUCACUGGGCCAGCCCCACAGCCUAGCACUUCCUGUGUGUACACCCAGACCCCACCCACGCCUGCAGACACGCAGGAGGCUCCCUCGGUCUCUAAACCUUCCAAACCUGGAUACAGACACAAGCUUGGGACACUGUUCACACUGCUGUACCUGAGCGAGCAGUUCUUUAUGCCUUACUCCCACUUCAUCACACAGGGCUACAACAACUGGACUAAUGGUCUGUAUGGAUACUCCUGGGACAUGAUGGUUCACUCCCGCACUCACCAACAUGUCAAAAUCACCUAUCGAGAUGGCAAGACUGGAGAUGUUGGAUAUCUUAACCCUGGGGUAUUUACGCAGAGCCGACGCUGGAAGGACCAUGGAGACAUGUUAAAGCAGUAUGCCACCUGCCUGAGCCGCCACCUGCUUCACUAUAACAUCUCUGAGCCCCAGAUCUACUUUGAUAUAUGGGUCUCUAUCAACGAACGCUUCCAGCAGAGGAUCUUUGAUCCACGGGUGGACAUUGUGACUGCAGACUGGUCACCAUUCCGUCCCAACCCUUGGCUGAUGCCCCUGCUAGUGGACCUCUCCCCCUGGAGGACUAAGUUUCUGGAGAUUGAGGGCUCGCUGGAUAACCAGACAGAAGUGGUGUUUAUUGCUGACUUUCCAGGCCUCCACCUGGAGAACUACGUUAGCCCGGACCUUGGUAACACCAGUGUGCAAGUGCUGCAGGGCCAGGUAAAGGUCGAAAUUGUGGAGGAGAAGAAGAACUACAGCCUGCUGCCAGGAGACAAGAUGAUGCUGCCUGCUGGAGAAUACCAUAAGGUGUAUACCAUAUCAGAGGAACCAUCCAGCUACAUGUACAUCUACGUCAACACCACAGAGGUUGCACUGCAGAAGAACUUCACCAAACUAUUUGAGCUGCAGGAACGAAUCCGUAAUGGCACUGAGACAGAGCCUCUUCCACCAGAGCUGCAGCCACUGGCCAGUGACUUUGAGGGUGAGGAGUCUGAGCUCAAUGUGACAGAUCCAGUGUUGCGGCUUUUCUUGCGGCGACAGCGGCGUAUGCAGGAUGUGAAGAAGCGGCGUGAGGCCUCCAUCUUUGAGAGGCUGCAGCGGUUUGCCGUCAAGAAGUACUACAUGCUGCGACGCGGUUUCCUGAUGACAGCUAUUGCCAUGCGCAACUUGGCAGUGGGGCUCCCCCCACUGGAACAGCUUACCAAGGAGGUGGCCUACGCCAACAUGAAGGAGAAUGGAGCACAAACCUCUCUAGACGACACUCUCAAGGAUGAAGUUGGUCAUCUGGAGCUUUAACCUGUCUGUCGCUGUAUGCAGCAUGUGGGUGACUGUUGUUGAUAGGUGCCAAUAAUAAAACCAGUUUUAUCAGUGUAGAUGGCAUUGAUUAAAACAUUGCAUUUUUAUUUUGAAUGUUACAAUUAAAUUUGAGUUCUACAUAGUAUUUUAAGAUCAUUACUACCAAAAUUUUAAAACCAUUUGUUUUGUUUGUAAUUUUUUAAAGUCAGAGCAGUUUCAAGUAUUAUUAUAAAUGUAAAUUGUGUUACAUUAAGUUCAUUAGAGUGAAAAAUUGUUAUACUUUUGUGAUUGGCAUUGUCACUUGUGACAAAACUUUCACCCAGUAUACAGUGCCACACUCAUUUUUGCUCUGAGAUGAAUUCUUCUAUGCUGUGCUUUUGAUACAACAAAGUAAAAUUUUUUGAAAACGACAAAUAUUUGGACUUCAGUUGACUUGUGGUAAGCAUUCUGGGGCAUACUGGCUGCCACGCAUCACCUAGGUGGCUGUAAUUCCCCUCCCCGCCCAACCCGCCUCCCUGCCUCUCCGCCUUCAUCAUAAAAGUGCUUUGAUGUCCUUGAAAGGCACUGCAUAAAUGCAAUCCAUUAAGACUACUCAAAGCCAUCUGUUAGGGUCCACAUUACUCCUCUGAGAAUCGACAUCACAUGUUGCUCUUAAAAUAGUCAUAUGAAUUUAUAUCCUGCAUAGUACAAUUUUUAUUGGUGGCAUGUGACAAUAUUCAGAUUUAUUAUAAAUCCGCUGCACCGUACUGAUCUUUGUUAAGGGGAAGCUUUGUACAAUUGCGGAGAUACUUUUUCUUAAAAGCACAAACACCAAACACCAAGUGCUGGUGCUUAACAUG